AUGCUGGAUAGCUGUGGAGAGCAAGCCGGGUGCUUUACAACACUACUCGACUUCCUCCAAGGCCGCGGCCGCUGCCGCCGUCGUCACCAAGAGUACAGUUUAGUAUCAGACAUCUUCUGGACCUCUCCUAAGAGGUCGCUUGUUGGCCGGGACCACCCGCUGAAUGGGAAGCAGCUAUCGAGGAAACUGCAGUAUGUCGUCAAGGCAAGGCCGAAUGCUGAGGAUUAUGAUGACGAUAUUCAGAGCGUGUCAACUGAUGCAUCCAUGAAAUAUAGCUGUCGUUCCCGUUCCCAAUCGUUCACUCACUCGCCUACCGUAUCGGACGAAGUGUCAUCGAAAGUGGUGACCUUCAGGGAAGCUGUUGAUUUAAUUGAGUACGACUCUGCGGAUAAGAUGGAAGGGCUCGCUAAGCAAUCACAGAAGGUUGUCCCUUUGAGAGAGUAUGCGCGUAAUACCAGACCGGUAAAGCGUUCGGUACGCCGACAGUACCAAGCCAGAACGACGAGGAGGAGUAGUUCCCUUAAGGGUAACAGACGGAGCCGUCUGGAUAUGACGACCGUUAUGAACAGUAUGUUGAGGCCAGCGAACUCCCUCGAGUUGACCGCCUUGAGGAGAGAUCGCGCUAGGGUAUUGACUGCUAUUGAGGAGAAGGUAUACGGUGUGGUGAACUAGACACAUGAUUUUCCGAGCAAUUGCUUAUUUCAGCUCUGUCAGUACGGUACCUCCGGAAAUCAGUAACCGCUCUAUAGUCAAUUUGUACAUCUAUUAUGUAGUAUAAUUUACUUAUUUGUUGUAGUUUUCCGAGGCGUUCCAUUUCUUCCUUGCCAUUCGGGCAUAGUGCUCAUCGGCUUUGUCAUGGACUUCGCUUCGAUGGUUUUGUUGUUCGUCCCCCAUCUUUCUGAUGUCAGUCUCUUGAAGUUCACUUCUUCCUAACCUAGCUAGGUUUCUCAACUUCAACAAACUUUUCAUUGGGUACGUUGAGUGCCGCUUCAUUCGGGCAGCGUUACACGGAGCUGAGCUAGGUGAUUCUGCGUCGUAUGUGAUGCCAACUUUGGUUCCUGCGGGUUACCGAUCGAUGUGUUUUCUCGUUGGCUCGAAGUCCAUCGCAUCGUGGACGCUGCCAGAAAUGUCUGUAACUAGGUGCUGGGAAGUUGUGAUGGUCAUAGUUGUGUAUAUAUCCCUACCCCAUCGAGUAUUACCAGACUGGGUAAUUCCUUUGCCUUUGAGUCUUUUCGGCUUCUCCUUCCCA